CUCUGAGUUAGUGUUGUCGAAUGCUUCAAUUUCGGGACCUCUGCCCAGAUGGUUGCGGAAGAUGCCUGCCAUUUUUAUCUUAGAUCUCUCUCACAACAAACUCAGCGGACCAUUGACAAACCUUCCAGAAAAAGGACUGGCAUUAAUACUAGCAAAUAACAUUUUCAAUGAGUCGAUUUCAAGGUCCUUGUGCAGAUGGACAAAUUUGGAAUAUCUUGAUCUUUCCAGAAAUAGGUUAACAGGGAAAAUUCCCAAGUGUCUCCAGAAUCUGAAAUUGUUGGAAACCAUGAUAUUUAGUUCAAAUUUGCUUUCAGGUGUCAUUCCAAGUUAUAUAGCAAAUAAUCAUUCAUCAUUGUAUUGGUUAACAUUGAAUGGCAAUAACUUUACUGGGGAAAUUCCUCAAGGUUUGGGGAAUUUACGAGCUUUAAGAGUGUUAGAUGUGGGUGAUAAUCAACUGUUCGGAAACAUACCCCACUGGAUCGGAGAAAAGCUGACAAAUUUGAUGGUCUUAAAGCUACACAGGAAUAACUUCACUGGGGAAAUUCCUGAAUCUUUGUGCAAAAUGUCGAAACUUCAAAUUUUGGAUGUUGCGUACAACAACUUAAUAGGAAUCAUCCCUCAUUGCCUAAGAGAGUUGAAUGCGAUGGCGAAGGGUGCAGAAGAGCGGUAUAAUCACACUCUUGAUCCCAACGAGAAUGUGAUUCAGGUGAUGAAAGGUGUUGAUCUUGAAUAUACAACAAAUUGGGAUAUAGUUUUCAACAUGGACCUUUCAAGCAAUAAACUUGUUGGAGUAAUACCUGUCGAGCUAACUGCACUUUGUAUGUUGUUGGGUCUCAAUUUGUCCAAUAAUCAUCUCAGUGGGAUGAUUCCAGAAAGCAUUGGAAAAAUGACAAGGUUAGAAUCCCUCGAUUUAUCUGGAAACAAGUUGACCGGGAUGAUCCCUCCAAGCAUGGCAGCUUUGACUUUUUUGAGCCAUCUGAAUCUGUCAGACAACAAAUUGUUGGGACGAAUUCCAACAGGCCAUCAGUUGCAGACCCUUAUUGAUGAUCCAUCAAUAUAUGCUGGGAACGAAGAUCUUUGUGGACCUCCAUUGCCAAACAAUUGCUCAGAUCAUCAAGACCCAAUCACAAUGCCCAAGAAGAAACAUAAAGCGGCUGAGGAGUUGAUGAAGGUAUGGUGGUUUUACCUGGACAUCAUGAGUGGAUUUGCAACAGGGUUUUGGGGUGUAAUUGGAGUUCUGUUGUUGAAGAAGCAGUGGAGAUGGAAGAUUUUCAGGUUUGUUGAGAAAAUCAUGGACAAGAUAUACGUUGCAGUCAUGGUAACAGUUGUUGCCAAGAUCAAGAGAGGAAGAGAAGCUGUAUAGGCGCUCUGGAAUGCAAGUAAUUCUCGGAUAUAUGUUAUCAAUGAAGUUUUUGUUUUAAUGCUACUAUUUGGAUCUAUGUUUGUAAUGUGGAUGUUGUUUAAAGGUUUCAAUUUUAAAAUGUUUGUUGUAUUUAUCAUUCGGUAUUUUUAUAUAAUAUCAAGUUGUUAGAUUAGACUA